AUGAAAAAGACACUCCUCCUCGUCUUUAUCCACGGCUUCAAGGGUGGCGACGACACGUUUGGGGCCACGGGCGACUUUGCCGAGCACCUGGCAACGCUGCUGUCGGUCGAGCUGCCCAAGGUAAACAUUCGCACUCUCGUCUAUCCCAAGUACGAGACCCGCGGCGACCUGGCCGAGUGCGUGUCGAGGUUCCGCGACUGGCUGCUCGAAAAGGUCAUUGACAUUGAGGUCGCCGCCGGCACCCCGAGCCCCACCAUCGACCCCAGCGUCCGCACCGUCCUCGUCGGCCACUCCAUGGGCGGCAUCGUGGCCGCCGAGACCGCCAUAGGCCUUGCGGGCGACAAGGUCAUUCCUGCGGGCGGCACCACGGCUGCAGAGGAUGAAGGAGAAGAGGAGAGUGGCGAAGAUGAGAAGCAAAAGGCCGUGCCGGAUCACAGCGAUGAGAUCAAUAGUCUCAUGUUUCCGUAUAUUCAAGGUGUCCUCGCCUUUGACACUCCGUACCUCGGCAUAGCGCCCGGCGUCGUCGCGCACGGUGCAGAGGGCCACUACCAAAACGCCGCGGCCAUCAUGUCGCAACUAUCUGGGCUGUCGGCGAUCUGGGGCGGGAGCAAGGCUGCCGAGAGCCCACCGGUGGGAACCAAGAAGCCCGUAGCUGCCCUCGAGGCGCCGCCCAAGGAGGAAUCCAAGGCCGGAAUUUGGAAUAACUGGGGUAAAAUGGCCAUGUAUGCUGGCGGAGCGGCAGCCGUGGCAGCAGGUGGUGCUGCGGCGUGGGUCAACCGACAGCAGAUAUCAGAAGGCUGGGGCUGGGUUGGCAGUCAUUUGGAAUUUGUCGGGUGUUUGGCUCGCGGCGAGGAGAUGAAGAAGCGCGUUGCGAAUAUGGUGCGCCUGAACAGGGAGCUGGGUGUUGGGUUUGCCAACCUGUAUACCCGCCUGGGAAAGGCAGCCGACUCGAAGCAAGUCAGCACUGUGGGCUUGGUCAUGGGCAGUCAGAGGACAUUUUGCAACCUACCAUCAAAGAUGAGGGCCGGUGAGUGGAAAGAGGCCGUCAAUGAUGCGGCCAAGGACGAGACAGGUGCGCACAUGGCCAUGUUUGAAUCCAACCAAAACCCAGGCUACGCGAAGCUCUCGGAAGACGCUGUCAACAUGAUUGUCAAAUGGACCAAGAAUGAUUGGUAUGAAACGAGCAACCUGGCGUUGGAAGAAUAA